AUGGUGCCCUCGCCCAGGGCCCUCAGCGCUGGUCCGACAGCGGGAACAAUCCUCUUGUGCUGUGUGCCUGCAGAGGUGGACGCCAAGGGGGACACGGACAGACUGACGGCCGAGGCACUAAAGGAGCUGGUGAAUAAGCCGGAGCUGCUCGCCCUGACGGAGAGCCUCAUGCCCGAGCAGACCGUGGCCUUCUGGAUGCCCGAGUCGGAGAUGGAGGCCCUGGAGCUGGAGCUGGGGGCCGGGGUUCGGCUGAAAACCCGAGGCGACGGCCCCUUCCUGGAUUCAUUAGCCAAACUUGAGGCUGGAACAGUGACCAAGUGUAAUUUCGCUGGUGAUGCAAAGACGGGGGCAUCGUGGACCGACAACAUCAUGGCCCGGAAGUCCUCCGAGGGGGCCGCGGCGGAGACCCGAGAGCAGGGGGACGGGGCAGAGGAUGCGGAGUGGGACGAUUGAGGUUCCUGGGAGAAGCGGGGUCCCCGGGGCUCACCCGCGCUGAGAAUUUCUUUCAUCGACUUCCAUUUUGGAUUUCAAGGAAGAGCCCCGCAGCCUUCCUCGCCUUGAACAAGCCGUGCUAAGACCAAAUCCACAACCACACCCUCAGCAGCAGGGCCCCCUGCCCUGGCUCACCGAGGGCCCCCCCUGAGUGGGAGUGGAGCCUCCUAGUGUCAUGACAACCACGCCCUGAUGACAGCUGUGUCUCUGGAGGCCGGCGGUGAGCGAGUGCCCCGGCUCAGGCAGAGGAACUGGGCUUGGUCUUGGUGCAGAAUCGGGGAACAUCCGUCUUGUAUAUGCAAAGCGGCUCAGAGGGGAAGCCGGCAGGCUCCUUCCUCUGCCCUGGUCUUUUCCGCUUUCCUCCCUCGCCUGCCCUCCCUGGUGCUCUGGGCUGCGGUCUCUGCUCUCCUGCUCAGUCCUCCUGUCCCCUGCGCCCUUUUCUCUCCCCGAUGCUGCCAGUUCUCUAUUCCUCCCCGGGUUCUCUGCCACCUUGGGGGUUCCUGCCUCCCGGCCUCCCUGGCUGCUUGCCUGGGGAUGCUGUGCCCGGGUGUGGCUGGCUCUUCCCCACCUCGCAGACAGACACACUC